AUGCGACUACAAUUUCUACUUCCUUUGGUUUUACUGAUCGCCGACUUAUCAACUCCUGCACAUGGGACAAAUCUACAACGAUUUGUAGAAAGUUUGGUCGAUACUGUUAACAAUGAAUUCGGUGAAAAAGUGGUUUUGAAUAAAACAGCUCUCCGUCGUGCAUGGUUAUUUUUCAAAAAGAAAUACAAACAUUCAUUUUCAUCGGCUCAAGAAGACAAGAAACGUAAUCAAAUCUUUCAAGAAAAUGUCCAAUUUGUUCUUGAAUCAAAUAGCAAAAGAUCUCAAACAUUUGCGUUAGCUUUGAAUGAAUUUGCUGAUUGGACACAAGAAGAAUUGGAAAAUUAUAGAAAAGGUCUAAAUGAAUUGUCAGAAAAAGAACGGCGUUCUUAUGAUGAUAGUAAUUACGAAACGGAUGGAGAUGUUGCUCGUCGUGUGCUAUCCAAAUUAUACCGUCAUGAUACUAAUAAAAGAGAUUGGAAACAAAAUUUUAUGGAAGAAAGCGAUGAUUGGAAGCAUCAAUAUGAUAAACGUUUUAUUAAGGAUAUUUUUCAUGAUAUACUGCAUCCAGAUAAGACAAAUUAUGACAAGGUCGUUCUACCUGAUUCGUUUGAUUGGCGUGAGAAAAAUCUUGUUACCAGUAUCAAAAAUCAACUUGAAUGCGAUACUUCUAUUAUUCCUAAUAGUUUUGAUAAAAUAAUGAUUUUACUCGAAGUUCAUAAUCGUAUAAUUGAAGAAUUAUUAACAAUACAAAUUGAAACAUUUUUACGAAAAGAAAAAUUAGUUGAACUUAAAACUGAUAUUGUUGAUUUUGAUGGUGCAGUUUAUCAUGUAACAAGUUCACGUGAUAAACCAUUUACAGUUAGCAUUAAAUUAAAAUUUUUUCGUGAUUUAGAACAACAUGGUACUGAUGAAGUUCUUCGUCGUGAAUAUGGUGAACUACUUGUUGCACCUUUAGAAGGUUAUAAUGUAACAUUAUCAUUAGAUUUUAAUAGUCAGUUACCAAAAGGUGAUAAUAAUGACGCUUGGUUACCAUUAGUUCGUAAAAUAGCAAUGCUUAAAAGAAAUUGUUUUGCUGCUGUAUUUGAAAAAUAUUUUGAAUUUCAAAGUAAACAAGAAAUAACUAAAGGAAAUCAUAAACGAGCUGUUAUACAUUAUCGUGAUGAUGAAACAAUGUAUGUUGAUGCAUCAUCAGAUCGUGUUAUUGUGAUUUUUUCAACUGUUUUUAAAGAUCCAGAUGAUAAUAUUAUUGGUCGAGUUUUUAUGGAAGAAUUUAGAGAACGAAGACGACAAUUUCAACAAGCACCACAAGUAAUUGUUAGUUAUCGAACACCACCAGAAGAAUUAAAAGAUAUGCCUGAUGCACGUACAGGAGAUAAUAUUGGUUAUUUAACUUUCGUACUUUUUUCACGUCAUACAAAAGCAGCAGAACGUGAUAAUACAAUAAAUCUUAUUCAUACACUUCGAAAUUAUUUUCAUUAUCAUAUUAAAUGUUGUAAAGCAUAUUUACAUGCACAUAUGCGUCAUAAAACAAAUGAAUUUUUAAGACGUCUUCAAUUAGCUCGACCAGAAGUUAAAAAGAGUUUUCGACGUGUUGGACCAAAUACAGCGAGUGACGCACCAAGUGGUAUGGAAUAA